AUGGACCCUUCGGUCAUGGAUACCGCCCGAAACGACCCCAACAGUUAUAACGGCAUGCCCCAGAUGGCCACGCCACCGAUGAUGAAGCCUCCCCCACAGAUCUUUGGCGGGUACAACCAGGAUGGUCUACCACCCAACAUGAGCCUGCCGGAUCUGUCGCAGUCGUUUCUGGGCGAUGGCGGGCUCAUGGACGAGAGCAUCGAGGCGAAGAGGAGGCGGAUUGCGCGGGCGUGUGAUAUGUGCAGGAAGAAGAAGAUUAAGUGCGAUGGGAAGAUGCCGGCUUGUACGCACUGCAUCAACUACAAGACGGAAUGCAUCUUUACACAGGUGGAAAAGAAGAGGAACCCGCCGAAAGGGGCGAAAUACAUCGAGGGGCUCGAAAACCGAUUAGUACGGAUGGAAAGCCUGCUUCGGCUCUCGGGAAUGCUCAACGAGGACGACAACGGCCGAACAGACCUGGGCACUUUGGAGAAACGCCUCGCAGAGAGUAAGAGGGAGUCGCAACGCGCCUCAGCAGCACCCGCAUCGCACCCAACUUCCCCUUCACAGACUUCACAGGUCGGUGGGGGCUCGACCCCAAGAAGCACGAUAGCAUCCCCAGAACCACCGCAAGUCACCUCGGACGUCGAGAAAGGCAAGAGCGGAACCCCAGAAAAGGCGGAAGAAGAGGUUGAGGCUCUGUCAGACAUGAUGUGCUCCUUGGUCACGAACAACUGCGGUGAAACUAGGUAUAUCGGAUCCUCCUCCGGAUUCUCCAUCUUCUCGCCUAAAGGUAUCCAAUGGGUCAAUGACAAGACAGGCGACUCCUCUUUCCAGGAAAUGAUCUCGUCAGCAUCUGUCGACGAGAACAAGUGGAUGUAUUGGAAGCCAGAGGUUUUUGGAGACCUGUUCGAGCGACGAAUCUUCAGACGACUACCCCCGAAGCUUGAAUGCUUGUCUCUACUCAAAGAUUUCUUUGAAAACUUCAACUGCAUGUUUCCUCUGUUCCAUCAACCUACCUUCAUGCAUCUUGUCGAUCGGCAAUACAGCCAGGAUCCAUACGAUGGUUCAGGAUGGUGGGCCAGUUUGAAUGUUGCACUUGCUCUGGCUCAUCGAUUGCGUGUUAUGAGUAACUUGGUCCCAAAAGAGGAGGACGAAAAGGCAUGGGGCUACCUCAAGAAUGCAAUGGCCGUGGUCACGGAGCUCACGAUGCGCAACACGGAUCUACUCAGUGUUCAGGCACUUUUGGGGUUGGCACUUUUCUUGCAGGGCACACCGAACCCCCAACCUUCAUUCUUCCUCGUCGCGGCCGCCAUUCGGGCGUCUCACAGUAUCGGACUGCACAAGCGUGGCUCAGGCUUCAACCUCAACCCAGUUGAAAUCGAGCAGCGAAAGCGAGUUUUCUGGAUUGGCUACAUGCUGGAUAAGGACAUUUGUUUGCGCUCAGGAAGGCCGCCAGCACAAGACGAUAACGACAUGAAUGUUGACCUGCCAAGCGCCGACCCAGACGAUAACAUAGGCAACAUUCCUCUGGCUGACGGGAAGGGUAAAGUCAACCUCUUCCGUCUCAUGUGCGAGUUCGCAACAAUCGAGAGCAAAGUCUACAAUCAACUAUACUCGACUAAGGCAUCCAAGCAGUCCGACGGCGAGCUACUAAACACCAUAGGCGAAUUGGACCACAUUCUGGAGGAGUGGAAGGAUAGCAUCCCUGUCGACUUCCGGCCCGAACACGAAAUCAAGGCCUCACAUACUCCUUUAAUUUUACAUGUCGUCGUUCUCCACUUCGCUUAUUAUAAUUGUCUGACGACAAUCCACCGGAUGUCGGUUCAUCAUGGAUACUGGACGAGCCGCUUGUCAAACUUUGCCAUACAGGGGCUUAACGCGCGACCCCUGAACCCUCGGGUCUUUUCGUCUGCGGCUCUCUGUGUAUCCGCUGCCCGAGCUUCCAUACACUUAAUCAAAUACGUACCUCAAGGAGAUUUCUCCUGCGUUUGGCUCAUUCUCUAUUUUCCUGUCUCUGCCCUGGUAACUCUUUUUGGGAACAUUUUACAAAAUCCUCACGACCCUCGAGCUCGAUCCGAUGUCCGCUUAAUGAAUGUUGUUGUCAGCUUCUUAUCGAUGUUGGGGACGGAAGAAGAAAAUGGAGGUGUGAAGCGCAUGCUGGGCGUCUGUUCUGAAUUUGAGAGGAUCGCCAAAGUCGUACUGGACAAAGCCGAAAGGGACGGCUCUUCAAAGCGGAAGAGGAAGAGCAACGGGGAGCAGGUCGCAAAGCCGAGAAGCGCGCCCCAAACAAACAACAACUCGCCCCAAAUACCCGCAGCUGCCAAACGUCCAAGCGUACAAGUCCCCGCCGUCUCUGGCGUCUUCUCACCAGGCACGAUGAUGCGAGAUAGGACCUUCAGCCCAGUGCAGAACAACGGAUCGCCUAACUCAAUUUGGAACUCGGACUUCGCUAACAACAACACUAACGGCGCCGAAUACCUCACGCCUAAAACUGGCAUGACUCCAUUUGCUGAAAUCCAAGCCUAUUCGAACGGCAACGAUAUGACGUCCCCAAUCAACAUGAACAAUUACCAACAACCAUUUGUGCCGCAGGAUCUGUGGCAGAUGCCCAUGACGCUAGAGUGGGACUGGGCUGACAUGACGGGGGGCGCAUACCCGAGUUUUGAGAAUGGGAUUGUAGGAGAUCCGAGUCUGCAGAAUAUCAAUAAUCAGCAUUUGCAGCAUCAUAUGUCGCGGGGAGUUUCCUAUAAAAUUAAUGGCAGAUCUGCAAAGGUUCGGCGUUUUUCGGACACCGAAAGGGCGCGUAUAUGCAUGGUGCAUCUAGAUGGUGUAGAUGGUGUAGAUGGUGCUGGCGUUAGCUUCACUCAAGGAUUUAUGACUUACGGACUGAAACGCUGCUCUGGUAAUGGGAUGCUCACGUGUUUCUGCGAUGUAAUAACUUUAUGGCCCGUGAGGGUAUGCGCAACGGGCGGCAGAGUCUUUAUAGAUAUGGCGUUGAGAUAG